UUUAGAUAAUUAUUUUAUUUCCAAAUUUUUUUCCAACUAAAUUUGUAUCGCUACAAUGCGACGGUUGCGGAACAGUCAAUAUCAUCAUCAUAUUGGACUCUCCCAGUUGUGGAGGCGCAACUACGGCGAUGAUGCGAACGUGAUGGGGGUCACGGCAGCCGUGAUCAAGGGCGAGCUGCGCACGAAGGACGUCAGUGUUCUGCCCCGUUCCAAAUAUGGGGGCAUCACACAUGUCACCCUGCUCUGUGGCGAGACCAUAAUCGGAAAACAGGGCGCCAAGUAUGUCACCUCGUUGCUGAGCAGCGCCCGGGUGCCGGUCGAUGUGCAGCGCAUCUUCGUGAACCAGGGCCAGGAGUACUACAACUCGGUGUUGCGCAAUCGUGCUGCGAUUCAUGUAGACAUACAGCACGACGCGAAGGCGAAGAGCCAAUCGUUGAAAAUAUGCAACGAUCUGGAUUUGCAUGUCUUUAUGACCAACUUGCGCAGCUUUCCCGGCUUCAAUUGUCGCUUUCCGAACGUCGAUAUCCAGCUGAUCGCACAGAACAACAUGGGCAACUAUGCCGAGCUGGAGUACUCGCCGGUGGAGGGCGUCAUCGAGGGCCUGCGCGUCAUCAAUAGCAAGGACAUCAAGAGAUUUUUACGCUUUGCCUUCAAGGUGGCCAUUGCGAAGAAGCGGCGAAAGGUGACCAUUGUGCACAAGUCGUCCGAGUGGCCCAAGACCGAGGGCGUCCUGCUGGACGUCGCCUCAAAUUUGGUGAAGAACGAAUUCCCCGACAUUAAUGCGGAGCCAAUGGAACUGGAUCGCUGUGUAGCGCGUCUCAUACUCGAACCGCAGAACUUCGAUGUGGUGGUGACCAGCGAUCUCUACGGCACAUUCAUGGCCACCAUCUGCAGCGCCAUCUGCGGUGGCUCCAAUCUGUUCUCGUCCAUCGAAAUCGGGGAUCAUCAUGCGGUGUUCAAGCCGUUGCAAACGAAACUAUCGCUGACCAACUACAAAAUGCUCAGUCCGUAUGGCAUCGUGUCUACCUGUGUCGAUCUCUUGCACCAUUUGGGCCAUCAUCAGUGCGCGGAGGCGCUGUGGAGCGAAAUGCUGCGCACCAUGGAGGAGGGCAUCAAGACGGGCGACUUUGAGGGCAAGGAUCGGGGCGAAUAUGUGAUAUGUAACAUCAUGAACAAGUUGCGUUGCAAUAUGUUUAGCAAAAUAUCCAAAGAUAGUUAGAUCUGUAUAUAUAAAUUUGUA